AUGGGUGAAAUCGAUAUUAAAAAGAUGAAAGUUGCGGAAUUAAGGACAGAGUUGGAAAGACGCGGUCUUCCCGUGUCGGGGAACAAACCAGAUCUUAUCAAUCGUUUACAGGCGAGGUUGGACGAGGAGGAAUUCGGUUUGAUUGAUGCGCCCGCUACCACCAUCAACACUACCAUGACGAAUUUAAACGAGACGGGAGAAGCAACGGGCGACAACCCCAGCGAUUCAGCGACCGAGCGAGAAAAGAAGGGGCUUGUGCCAACAAAAACCGAAGAAAUGGGGGAAGAAUCCAAAACAGACAAAUUCAUCAGCGAGGCUCACGAUGCAAACAACGUGAAAGUGUCGGCGCAGCCCACUUUUGACGAAAUUAAGCGUCGCCGCGCGAAUCGUUUCGAUAUACCGGUCGUCGAAACGAAAGUUCAGUCGCCGCAGAAGCGUGGCCGUGACAAAAAGAAAAGUGCAAAUCUACCCAUUCUACAAAAGGGCAGCAAGCGCGCCAGGCAGCAAGCAAGUGAAAAAGAUGAUGUACUGUUGCCGAAAGAAGAAAUCGAAAAGCGACUGAAACGGGCAGAAAAGUAUGGGACUGGCAACGAAGAAAACAUUCUUAAAUUGAAGGCUAUGCUUCGCAAGUAUAGAUUUUGACUGGAGCUAGGGAACACCUUCAGAUUGUACAACCUUGGCUUCGGUCUCGAAAUUAAGUUGUAGAAUCUACCCUGAUCAGGAAAUGGUAAAUAAAAUAUCUUCGAAGUUUCACAGUUUCAAAGUGUCUUUGCUCCGAUACCAGCCAGGACUUGUCAUUCAACAUUUGAGUCAAAGCCAUUUCCUUUUUGGAAGUCUCAAAAAUAGACCGAGGGUACUCUGUAUCGAGAUAAAACCAGAGGAUUCGAUCCGUUGAAGCUAAAUCUGGAAGUUUUUUAGGUGAAAGCAGGCGAAAAGGAAAAAAAGCAUAGCAGGAUGCUUCUAAGCCUCGGAUAUCUUUCCAGUGGCUAUAAGAGACUGAGACUCUCACUUCGGAGUCUGGGCCCGUCGGUUUACCGACUUCUUAAACUUUAAAUCAUGCUCCGACUGGCAUUUGUUUCUCAUUGUAGGUCUAUGAUCCAAGCUUAAGGCAGCAACGGAUAGGGCUUCAAGAAGACCUUUUUCAGAUUGGUACUUUUUGCGGAGAAGUGGCCGAGAGGAACGUCCGUCACAUCUUGACGGAGUCUUAGACCGAUGCUGAUCAUGCGUGCGUACGAACGCACGCUCCGCUUUACUUUUACCUGGCUCCCUACACACCACUCGGGUUUCACACAAGUUUUGUUCUCCUGCGUGCUGUUCAAGUGGCGCAUUGGGAAGCCCGGCGCAAAUUUUGUGUGGAGCCUUGCCGUGCGCCUGGAUGUCAGGAGGCUUGCAAAUAGAUUCAUCUGCCGCAUAAGAAGAACACCCUUUCAACACGAUCUCGUCGUGCUUUUUCGGCGAAUAGGAAAGAUGUGACUUUGAUUUCUUCGACGUAGGAUGAUGAGUCUCGUUUCUAUCAAAUGUGGCGUUGCUUCUGACUCCAAGGUUAGUCACCUGAACCAUUCUUGCAUGUCGGCUGUGGCUAUCCGGUUGAUGACGAGAAGCAGCGGUUGCGCAGACCAUUGACUGCCUAGUGGAAAGGGACCGCUGUUUCAUCGACGUCACAGCCAAUUUCGAAGGACGACGAGCGCGAAUGGGGUUGUCUGGGACUGCAAGUAUUUCCGGUUUGGAAUAUUGCCCACUCUUGUUGCUCCGUCGAGGGCGCGAUGUCAAAUCUUUAGAUUUCGUUGACGAAGACGUCUCGCCCACGAGAAAUGAGCUUGUUUGGGUACCAGCCGUCGAAAUAAUUUCACUCACAAAGCGACGCUCGGACUUCUGAGCACGUACUUUUCUCAGUUUUGCUUGCUUGAUUUCAACUGAGCUCUCCGAUUUGUGUAUUUUUUUCAAUUGCGGACGCUUUAUUACCUUGGUAGCGGUCGAAGAUCUGCAGGGUAAAGAUGGAACUUGAUCCCGGAUUUCUGGGGCUAAAAGAUCAUUCGACGAGGAUGCUCGAAUAUAUUUUUUGAGCUGACCGCUGUUUUGAGCUUUCGCCGCGUGUUGCGAUCUUCUUAUUUUCCCUUCUGGAUUCAACGAUUUGACUUCUGUUUUAGUGAGAAAAAGAGAAGUCCAUAGCGAUCGUGAGGAGAUAGAUCCAUUCGGAGCAGACAGAAUAGACAAUAGUGGCUGAGAAAGAGAACUUUGAGUAGGGCAGAGCACAUGACUCGAGUUGAAUGAGUCAUCGCGAACGGUGGAGGAAGAUUCGAAUUUCUUGACAUCGAGAUUUGGAUACAAGUUCGAUGUAUGCGAUGAGUCAAUGGCAAUUAGUUUUCGCAACACGGUACGGCACGGUGGAUCCGCAUGCUGUAUCCCGUUAAAGUCCAUCUCGGGAGGCUCUGAAUCAAUGGAAUUCGCUUCAUCAAACGUAAUAGAGGAGUCCGAUUGUGCAAUGAUACUCGGUUUAGUAUUUUGACGUCUUUCCUUGAAAGUGUGUCCAGAUUCGGCGAUAUCGUACUCAUCAAAUCCGAAAGGUUUUUCUUCGUUUCUCUCACUGCUAACAGUAAGGCUAUCAUUCAUGUACCAAGAGGGUUCGCCCAUACUCACGGCUACCACCACAUCCAUCUUAUUUUGCUGUUCACUAUGAAUUCCGCGGAAAUUUUCUCGUUCUUCAAAUUAUAGGGAGCCAAAAAUUGGAUUCACUUUGGAUGCAAGAUUCUACGAAUUCAGACCCAAAGAGAGACAGGAUGAUCAAUAUUUACACGUACAGUCCUAGUAUGAAUCGACAUAUUUCCUACGAUGAGACGAGCCAAAGAUGCGCAUU